AUGGCCGGCCGGCAGACUCCAUUCGAUCCAUUUGCACAAAAGAUCCCCGGCUCCGUUGGCGGGUUGGCAGCUCGAUCUAGCAAUGCUUGCACGAGGCCCUGGCUAGCCCUGCCGCCCCUGCUUGCCAAAGCGGAAUGUCGCCCAUUGCCCGCCAGAUUCCUCAAGAGUGAUGGGCCUGCGAUGGAGGCGGCAUACUACUAG